CUCAACUGACCUGCUUUGCCAAAAAUGCUAGAAAUACUAGGAAUUACAUCAUUCAAUUAGAGGAAGGACAUUUUGUUGCUUUAACUUCAGCCCUGGAGUGAAAGUUCAGCCUCAGCUGCACCUGCAAGUCAGAAAUGACUCGUCUGUAUUUUGUCCUCUGUCUCGUUUGCAGCUGCUCAGUUUCUGGACAGUCUCCUACAUUUGGACUAAUGGGACUGAAGCUCAACUUAAAGCCACAAUUUAAUGGGAGUAAACAACUGGACGAAAUUCUGUGGAAGCAUAAUGGUAACAAAGUGGUGGAGUUUGAUGGUAUAAAGCAGCAGGAGUUCGGUCUGUUUGAAAACCGGGUCACCCUUGACUGGAUUUCUGCAGAACUGAGUAUCACAGGCCUCACAUUGGACGACAGUGGAGUAUAUGAAGUAGAGGUUUACACAGACAAAGUGUUGAAAAGGCAAACAUUGAAUUUGGAGGUUUUAGAAAAGCUUGCCAAACCAAACAUAAAAUGUGAGACGAGCAACGAUGGAGAAGAGGCAACGUUGACCUGCUCGGUGGAGUCCAGACAACCUCAGUACUUAAUGUAUGAGUGGAUCUACCAUGGCACUGGUCAAAGGUUGACAGUACCACUAAGUGAUAAAAGUAAAGAAUAUACCUGUAUAGUGAGAAACCGUCUGAGCAAUGCAACAGCCACAGUCACUGCCAAAACCUGCUACCCUGAUGAAGGUGUCUCUGCACUGACCAUAAGCCUGAUUGUUGCAGUCGUCCUAUUAGGAGCAGUCAUAGCAGUCGUUGUAGGCAUCAUAUACUGCAAGAGAUAUAAUAAAGGUUUGAAAAAUGAGACAACACACAAUGAGGAAGGAACAAGUCUUCUUCACAGAACACUAACUGUUCCCUCUGAUCAGCGACUUGGUGGUGAGCUCCUGUACAACAAUAACACAACUAGUGACCUUGAGAGAAGUGACACACAAAACAUAGAGUUAUGCAAACAUGAGAUUCUAGUAAGAGAUUGA